GUGACUGUUUGAUAUGCUAUAGAAGUCGCGUGUGAUACUCUCGUUUGCCAUGGCUCACUUAUCAUGACAGACAACGAAACAUCAAGAAGAUGGACAUUUCGGUCAUUUCGCCGAGCUCACCCUACCAACAUGCCAAGGAUUGGACAGGACCCAACGACCAUGAAAACCCAAGAAACUUCUCCACAGCACGGAAGAUCUUCUCCACGGUAGCAUACACUGGUCUGGCCUUUGUCAGCACUCUCGCUGCGUCGCUGUACGCGGCAGGCAGGGAAAAUGUCAAAGCAGAAUUCAACACGACAGAAGAAAUAUCAAUUUUGCCCUUAUCUCUUUACAAUGUCGGAAUGGCAUUUGGACCUUUAAUCGGGUCGCCUCUCAGUGAGACAGCAGGACGUAGAGUCGUGGUGCUGGUCACAACGCCCAUGUUUGCGCUCUUCAUUCUGGGAUCUGGAUUCUCGAACAGUGUCAUUGGACUGAAUAUAUGUCGAUUCUUCGCCGGUGCUGUUGCUGCACCCGCAAUUGGCAAUGCUUCCGCGACGAUUUGCGACUAUACUGCUGGCAAAUAUCGUUCCGUUGUCAUGUCGUUCUACUACGCCAUUCCGACGUUUGGAGCCGUGCUUGGUCCCCUCAUCGGUGGAUUUGUUGUGCAGGGCAAAGGAUGGAGAUGGACGCAAUGGACGACCAUCUUCUUCAUCAUAGCUUUUUAUAUUCCGGUCCUCUUCACUAAGGAAACAUACAAGAAGACCAUUCUCCAGCAACGCGCUAAGAAAUACAACAUCGAAGGACCCGACGUGGUACAAAGAACGGUAUGGCAAUGGACGCAAUACUUCAUUACUGUCCUCUUCCUGCGUCCGGCACAUAUGCUCUUCACAGAGACUAUUGUGACUCUGGUCUGCAUGUACAGCGGCUUUCUCUUUGGACUGCUCUACAGCUUCGUCACUGCAUCGCCCUGGGUAUACGAACACUACUAUGGCUUCGGCACAACCGGACAGAGCCUCUCGUUCCUGGGCCUGAUCAUGGGUGCAUUACUGGCUCCGGCUCCGCAGAUUCUGCUCGACCAUUACAUCUAUCAACCUCGACUCAAAGCUUACCUUGCGGCACAUGGUACAGCCGAGCGUUUCCCUCCAGAACAUCGAUUGUACCCAGCUAUCAUUGCAGCGCCUCUUCUGCCAGCUUUUCUCGUCCUCUUUGCGUGGACAGCUGAGCUUCGUGUUCACUGGGCAUGUCCCAUCAUAUUCCAAGGACUGGCAAUGAUGGCUUCUGUCGUUAUCUACGCUCCUUCGAACCUGUUCAUGAUUGAUGCAUAUGGACCACUUUACGGAGCUUCUGCUGCUGGCGCAGCCAUGUUGAGCAGGUACACGCUGAGUGCAGCUUUCCCGCUUUUUUCUCUGCCCAUGUUUGAAGCGCUAGGAGUCGGCUGGGCUACGACGUUGCUGGCGGGUUUCACAGCUGUUAUGGCACCUAUACCUUGGUUGUUUUGGAAGUUUGGCGCAAGGAUAAGAUUGAGGGGAAAGUACGAAAUUAGUGACUGAUAUCGACAGAUGUGUAUAGACUACAGAAAUUGAUGAUAUGCUGCACGCUUCGUUGACCUCUACGCCACGCGCCAUUGAUUGAAAGCCUUCAUGGCCAGAUGAAGAGUCAGAAGUAUAGGGCAGACUGCAUGGUCACACAGGAGGCAAACUCAUACUUGCUCUACCCCCAUAUGUCCAAACAUAAGAUUCAGCAUACUCUCAGAGCACUAUCAAACCGAAGCGGCAGCAUCACAUAGCAUCGUGCAGCUGAACUGAGAGGUAAAGGAGUCAAAAGGUUGGGAUCCGACUCAAAAAAAAAUACCUCAUAUGUCACCCCGUACUCAUCCCUUAGAGGAACCGUCCAUGCAGCAACGACAAAAAAAAAGAUAGAAGCAGGAUCAUUCACGACACCUAAGAGAUUCGAACUCUGUUGAUAAUUAGCGACUGUCCAUGGCAGGUUCGACCGCAGAAUUACGUACCUUGCUCCCGAAGGAACUGGCUAGACAGUUGAAUACGACUGAGUCGUAUAGUUCCAAUAGCAGGCCAGCGCGCUGGAAGUUCAUUAGAAUAAUGAAUAGACAUUUGACAGUUCAAGUCAACUUACUUAACCACUCCGCCCGUAGGGAAGUCAGCAAUUGAAGACGUAAGUUGGAUCGUGAUUGU